CACCAGGACCUGACCCACUGCCUUGCUGCCCCUCCCUUCCCCUGAGGCUGAUGGGUUUCUCUGCCUGCCCCAGUAACAAGUCCCUGGCACCUAGUCCCCACCUUCCAGAAGGGGCGGAGGGACGCUGGCCCUGGCUCAAGCUAUGUCUUCUUAGAGAGCCUCAGGCUGUCCCAGGAGGCAGGCACUGCAGCCUGGGUGGCAGGGCAGAGCAGUGGCAGGCUUGUCCUGGUCCCUAGCUGUCUCUGUCUCCACCUGCGCGAUCCAGAGCAAGUCCCCACUGCAGCCCCAGCAGAGAAGCCAGGAGCAGCGAUGAGCCACGCCUGCGACUGCCAGGGCGCCAGCCAAGGAGACACCGUCCAGAAGGAGAUGACCCCUAGUAAGAAGAACCCGGUCCUUGUGGAUGGGGUUGUACUUAAUGGACCCCAAACUGAUGUGAAAGCAGGAGAAAAAUUUGUUGAAGAAGCCUGUAGGCUCGUAAUGGAAGAGGUGGUUUUGAAAGCUACGGACGUCAAUGAAAAGGUGUGUGAGUGGCAGCCCCCUGAGCAGCUGAGGCAACUCCUUGAUCUGGAGAUGAGGGACACAGGAGAGCCACAGGACAAGCUGCUGAAACUCUGCCAGGAUGUCAUCCACUUCAGCGUCAAAACCAACCAUCCAAGGUUUUUCAACCAGUUGUAUGCUGGCCUUGAUUACUACUCCUUGGCAGCCCGGAUUAUAACAGAAGCACUUAAUCCAAGCGUUUAUACGUAUGAGGUGUCCCCAGUGUUUCUGUUAGUGGAAGAGGCGGUUCUGAAGAAAAUGAUUGAAUUUGUUGGCUGGAAAGAAGGGGAUGGAAUAUUUAACCCAGGUGGCUCAGUAUCCAAUAUGUGUGCAAUGAAUUUAGCUAGAUAUAAAUAUUACCCUGAUGUUAAGGAGAAGGGCCUGUCUGGUUUGCCACGAUUAAUCCUUUUCACAUCGGCAGAGUGUCAUUACUCCAUGAAGAAAGCGGCCUCCUUCCUUGGGAUUGGCACCCAGAACGUGUACUUUGUGGAAACAGAUGGAAGAGGUAAAAUGAUACCCAAGGAGCUGGAGAAACGAAUCUGGCAAGCGAGAAAAGAGGGGGCAGUGCCAUUUCUUGUCUGUGCCACAUCUGGCACCACCGUGCUGGGUGCGUUUGACCCCCUGGAUGAGAUCGCUGAGAUCUGUGAGAGGCAUGCUCUCUGGCUCCACGUGGAUGCCUCUUGGGGUGGCUCAGCUUUGGUGUCAAGAAAGCACCGCCAACUCCUUCAUGGAAUCCACAGGGCUGACUCCGUGGCCUGGAACCCACACAAGAUGCUGAUGGCUGGAAUCCAGUGCUCUGCUCUACUCAUCAAGGACAAAUCUGAUCUUCUUAAGAAGUGCUACUCUGCCAAAGCGACCUACCUAUUCCAGCAGGAUAAAUUCUAUGACGUCAGCUACGACACAGGAGACAAAUCCAUCCAGUGUAGCAGGAGACCUGACGCAUUCAAAUUCUGGAUGACCUGGAAGGCCCUGGGCACAUUAGGAUUGGAGGAGAGGGUUAAUCGUGCCUUUGCUCUAUCUAGGUACCUGGUAGAUGAAAUAAAGAAAAGAGAAGGAUUCAAGUUACUAAUGGAACCUGAAUACACCAAUGUUUGCUUUUGGUACCUUCCACCAAGUCUCAGAGAGAUGGAAGAGGGACCAGAGUUCUGGAAAAAGCUUAGCUUGGUGGCUCCAGCCAUUAAGGAGAAAAUGAUGAAGAAGGGCAGUGUCAUGCUGGGCUACCAGCCCCACCGAGGGAAGGUCAACUUCUUCCGUCAAGUGGUCAUCAGCCCUCAAGUGAGCCGGGAAGACAUGGACUUCCUGCUAGACGAGAUAGACAGCUUGGGGAGGGAUAUGUAGCCAUGGCUUUCAUUCCCCAAGAGGCACCAAUCCUGUCCUGGGGAGGGACACAGAUCCAGUGCAUCUGGAGACACACUAGGUAGAUGACAAUCCUUCUGGUGAGAUUAGCAAACAUUUCCACUCCCACCAGAAAACCAAAAUGCUAAGAAAAUAGUCCUAAGGGUUCUUUGGCUGCCUGCUGCUACUGGUUAUAGAAUGGAGAAAGUAGAAGUAAUAAAAAACAGUUCCCUCGAAUAUUAUCCCUGGGAACAACCCUGAGAAGACUUUGGUCAGUGCCCUGUGGAGGGACAUUGGAUUGUAAAGGCUCCCAUUAUUCUUUAAAGAGCAUAGAAACACACAGCUUGGAGCUUACAGCAGUGAACCUCACAGCUCAGCCCCUGUGCCACCAGCAAGAGUGUCACCGAGCAACUUACUAAAAAUUCACACUCUCCAGCCUUACCCCACACCAUCGGAACCAGAAACUCUGCUUCUAGCAUCCCAAGUUUUAGUGAACCCAGUCAGUGAGUCUUAUGCACAGUAAAAUCUGAGAAACAACGGUUCAGGGAAAACCUUUACCCAUGUUUUACCAGAAGAAGGACAUGUAAUAUUUCAGUAGCCCCUUAGCCAGCAUUUGAAGAAUACAACUGUGGUGUUUGUACUACAAAUGUUCAGGGUGCCUGAAACAUGUCAAAGACACACACACACACACACACACACACACACACACACACACACACACACACACACACAAAGAGAGAGAUUAUGCAAGAUUCUUACUGCCUAAAGAUGUAUUUUUAUUUGGGCUGAAGUUUUUUUCCCCCAAGGAGUUAAAAUGAAUUGUUAUCUACCCUAAUUUAUCUGAGUUAGAAACUGGGGUGAAAAGCAAACACUUUGUAGAGUGCCCUUUUGAUCAGUGAUACACGAGCACUAAUCCAUUUCUUCAAAUAUGCCCCUGGGUGGGAACAAACCCUGCACAUCUGUGUGGGUCUCUAUCCCCCUUUUAGACUUCCGAAUGCAUUUCUUGUUUUCACUCUUGGCUUUCUAGGGAAUAGAAUAAGUGACCAGAGGUGAACUCUGAGGCUGUAUAGCAUUCUCUUCCCCAAACUCUGAAAUGCCACUGAGACUUGUUUGAUGCUUUCUCUUGGCAGAGACUCUAGAAUCAGAGACCUUUCCAUGGUGGUCCUCCAUUGUUAAUAGAAGUAGAUGAUUGUAACUCUCUCUCCGACCACCAUCUUAGAUUUAUUUCCUUUGACUAAGAAACAGACAGGAUUCAGAGAUGAGGGUAUAGAAUGAAGACUGUGUGUUGAGAGUUGUCCAGGUGUGGGACUUAUGAUCGCCACCUUGUACUGUAUCACUAACUCGUGACAUUUACAUCUUGAGAAACAGAUGUGCCCUGUAUAGUGCUCACUGAACUCAUUGUAGAGUGCACAGUCUUUCACUAUCUCUACUCAUCAGGGUAUUUUCACUUCAUUUUCUGAAUUGCUUCAACCUCCCUGGUGGUGGGAGCUAUCUGGGCAUGAUUUGAUUCUUGUUGCCUUUUAAAAAUUGUCUACAUAAAAUGCUCCUAAAACCGAUGCUUGAAAUAAGCUGUAUGUCCUGAAAUAAAAGCCAUGUCAGCACUG